AUGCUAAUCUUACUGCACACAUUUGAAGGGAGUAUGGUAGACAUAAGUCACAGUGUGAGGUGCACAGAGUGUGGCAGUCAGUCCAUUGAAGACUCCCAAGAUGACAUUGCUAUUCUCCUUCACAAGGAAAGAAUAUCGAAUAUCAAGUACAACGUAACAAACAAUUUAAACAAUCCAGUGAAAGAUGCUUCUGCUCCAGUGUACAUAACCAUUGGUGAUGGUAGAAACAUCGAAGGCAUUGCUAAUAACUUUUCAGAACCACAACCAAGUUACUCAGCUUUUCGAGAAGUAAGUUUUGGGCAUGCAAUUCUUGAAAUAAAGAAUAGGAAUCAUGCCUUCUACACUUGGUACCGGAACCAAGAAAAUGAGCCAAUUGCGGCUGAUUCUACUUGGUUUUACAAUAGAUAUUGGUAUCCACAUGAAGAGCCAUGCUCCACCAAGAACUAA